AUGGAAAAACCAAUUCAAUUGCUUGUACAUACUGUCGAUGAGUAUAUAACCAAAUAUAAGGAAAGUUGUAACUACGAUGAAGAAGAAUUGGAAAUAUUAAUGAAUGAUGAAUUGUUAGAUUUUGAAAAAGAAUUGAAAUUGAUCGUAGAACAGCGAUUACAACGUCUUGUAACUUCAAAGGAACAAAAUGGACAUAAAUUACAACAUCCCUAUUCAAAACUAUUAAGUCAACAAAAUAUGAAAAAUAUUAUCCCUAAUGAGAAAGUUAAUAGAUAUUUGGAUGAUUUAAAACGUUAUAACACUAACGAUCUCUUAACGCCUGUGAAACAAAUGACAUGUCGUUCAUCAAGGAUUAGAGUUAACAACACUGCUCCUAAAAAUAAUUCUCCACAAGAGGAAGAAAUACAUAUAACGAGCAGUUUAUUACAACCUUCAACACCCCUUGGUAGAUUAUUAUCACCAGUCGAGUUAUUACGUAAUAUCGAUAUCGGAUCAUUGGAAGAUACUUCACCAUCGAUUGAUAAUGAAUCGUCUAUAGAUGAAAGUGAUUUUGAUGAUGAUAUUUACACAUACUAUUAUGAAUCUGAUAUAUCCCUAGAUUCAAACACUGAAUCCAAUGGGAAACCACAAAGAAAGUUGAACAUAAUGAAUUUCUGA